UGCAGGAAAAGAUGACAAGCGUGAGCCACAGGAUUAUAUCCCUCUUUAUUAUUUUAUUCACAAUAAUUGCAACUUGUAAGUGCGACUAUUGGAUUCCGAUUCUAUGGAAUCACAGACUGCUAUUAACCAACUGCCCUUUCUUUCUUUCUCAAUCUUUUCUCCCUUCAGAAAUUCCUGGGAAAAUCAUUCGAGAAAAUGUCUGAUUCCGAGGAAGAAAAUCAGGAUUUCUCUCCCAACUCAAGAGCGUUGAUCACACCACCACCGCACACGGCGGCGGACAUGGAUCUCGAUCUCGACGGUUCCUGGCCGUUCGAUCAGAUCUCCUCCAAUCCGACGUCGCUGAUUUGUCUACCGCCCUCCAACCAACCUUGCUCUUCUAUGUGGUUUUUUCCCGAUGAUAACGCCCGAAGUACCACGUCAACGCUAGUCACAGAUACGGGCAAUCCUGAUUCGAUAAAUGAAAGUCCGGCUGAAAGUGGUGAUAAUAGGAGGCUUCCUCCUCCACUGAGAUUGACACGACUAGAUUAUCCAGAUUGGUCUUGUGCCAUUAAGGGAAGAAUGGCACAAGCACUCCGAUGUUUCAAAGAAUCAACUGACCAAAAUGUUCUAGUUCAGGUUUGGGCGCCUGUGAAGAGUGGGGAUCGAUAUGUACUCACAACUUCUGGGCAACCCUUUGUUCUCGACCCACGUAGUAAUGGGCUUUAUCAGUAUAGAAUGGCCUCUGUGAUGUACAUGUUUUCUGCAGGUGGGGAGAGGGGCGGAGCCCUUGGGCUUCCUGGGCGUGUUUUCCAGCAAAAAAUGCCGGAAUGGACUCCAAAUGUGCAGUAUUACUCCAGUAAAGAGUAUCCACGGCUUACUUAUGCUCUGAAUUACAAUGUUCAGGGAUCCUUAGCUUUGCCAGUUUUUGAACCUUCUGGGCAGUCCUGUGUUGGUGUAUUUGAGCUCAUCAUGACUUCACCAAAGAUUAACUAUGCUCCUGAAGUUGAUAAAGUCUGCAAAGCACUUGAGGCAGUAAAUUUGAGAAGUUCAGAGAUUUUGGAUCAUCCAAGCACACAGAUUUGUAAUGAAGGUCGCCAAGAAGCGCUGGUUGAAAUCUUGGAGAUACUGACAGUGGUGUGUGAAACUCACAAAUUACCUUUGGCUCAGACCUGGGUUCCAUGUAGGCAUCGCAGUGUUCUGGCCUAUGGGGGUGGUUUGAAGAAGACUUGCAGUAGCUUUGAUGGAGGCUGCAUGGAACAAGUUUGCAUGUCCACAACGGAUGUAGCUUUUUAUGUUGUAGACGCUCCCAUGUGGGGAUUCCGGGAGGCCUGUUCCGAGCAUCACUUACAAAAGGGACAAGGGGUUGCUGGGAGGGCCUUUGAGUCUCUCAACUCGUGCUUCUGUAAAGAUAUUACCCAAUUUUGCAAAACUGAAUACCCGUUAGUACAUUAUGCACGCAUGUUUGGAUUAACUAGCUCUUUUGCAAUCUGCUUACGGAGCACUCACACUGGAAGUGAUGAUUACAUUUUAGAGUUCUUUCUGCCACCUGACAUCAGGGACAACAGAGAACAACAUACAUUGUUGGACUCAAUAUUUUUAACAAUGAAGCAGCAUUUCCGAAGUCUUAAGGUUGCUUCUGGUAAAGAACUUGAAGAGGAGGGGACAUGUGUUGAAAUAAUUGAAGAAUCAAUGGAUGAGAAACUUGAUUCAGGACUUGAAUCUGUUCAAAUGUCACAAAGGUCAUUAUUUCCACCUGCCCCUAAUACCUUACCAACUGGUCCAGAGAUUGUACUUCUUGAUUCACUGGAGGAGCAAUUGAGGAUUGAAUCUGAUGCUAUAAACAAUAAAGGGACUCAGGGGAGUGUUGGUGGGGCAGGCGGAGUCCAAAAUGCUGUUUCUCUUCCAGAGCGUAAAGACACAAGAAAAAAAUCAGAGAGAAAGCGUGGAAAAGCUGAGAAAUCAAUCAGCUUAGAGGUUCUACAGAAAUAUUUUGCUGGAAGUCUCAAAGAUGCUGCAAAGAGUCUUGGCGUUUGCCCUACUACGAUGAAGCGCAUAUGUAGGCAGCAUGGGAUCUCUCGUUGGCCAUCUCGCAAGAUCAACAAGGUUAACCGUUCACUUUCGAAGCUAAAGCGUGUAAUUGAAUCUGUACAAGGUGCUGAAGGAGCAUUUACUCUUACUUCGCUUGCUACCACCAGUUCACUUCCUGUUGCUGUUAGUCACAUCUCGCAGCCUGCCAGUUUGAAUGGACCCAAUCUACAGAAUUCAGCAGGCUCUAAACCAACUGACGUUGUGGAGGGGAAAAAUGAAUCAAUGGCCUCUAAGAUACCUGAAAUUCAGGGACAGGCUGCAACAACAAAUAAAAUGCUUGGAGAUGUUGUUCAUGAGCAAAAUGAGUUUAUGCCCGAAUUGGUCGAAGGCUCAAGCCAGUCCAAAACAGGGAGUUACUCAAGAGAGGAGAGUGCUGGGACCCCUACUUCCCAUGGUUCGUGCCAAGGUAGCCCUUGUCCUGGAAAUGAAUCCUUGCCCCAAAACGAUCUGGCUGUUAUUCCUAUUGAUGAAACAUACAUAGUAGGCGGCUCACCUGAACUGGUGUGUCAACCAGCAAAAGAAUUGAAUUUCUCACCCUCAUUUUCAAUCCCCAAUGCCCUUGCCACAAUACAACCCCAAGAGCCAUUUGGCGGAAUGUUGAUUGAGGAUGCUGGAAGCUCACAUGAUUUGAAAAAUCUGUGUCCUGGGCUUCUUUUGGAUGGACAGGUCCCAGAAUACGGUUUGACAAACCUGCGAUGUUCUGAGUUGGUUCCUCGAGAUACCAUGGCUACUCCUACUGACAGAACGCCAUGUUUUUCAGCCAGGCCAGAAAUGAAUACUGUGACCAUAAAAGCAACCUACAGAGAAGAUAUUAUAAGAUUUCGGCUUUCUUUAGAUGCUGGUAUUCACAGACUGAAGGAUGAAGUGGCAAAAAGGCUGAAAUUGGAGAUAGGUACUUUUGAUGUCAAAUAUCUAGAUGAUGAUCAUGAAUGGGUUUUAAUAGCCUGCGAUGCGGACCUGCAAGAGUGUCUGGAUAUAUCAAAAUCUUCAAGCAGCAAUAUAGUCAGACUGUCUGUUCAUGAUGUAAUGGUCAAUCUGGGGAGCUCCUGUGAGAGCUCGGAGGAAUGAGAAAGAACUUGGUUGUAAAUAUGGUAACCUCCUAGCACCCUUCUUGUAGAGUUAGAUUAUAGGGUGAAGUUGUAGAUUUUUGGUUAUGGGGUAGAUAUUGUGAAAUUUCGAAUCUCUUCGAGAUCAAGAAACAGGAUUUGUUGAGUUGAAGGAAGAAUUGGCAAAGAGGCUGGAGUCGGAGCUUGACGACUUUCAAUGUCGAGUAAGAGUGGGUAUUAGUAGCCUGAACUGUAGAUCUACAAGAUUGUGAAAUUUGCAAGUUGGUUUGGGCAGUCAGUCAACUAGGCAGACUAUUGAUUUUUGAAAAGGUUGUCGAUUCCAAGAACUUACUCAAAAGCUGUGGAUUGAAGAAAUAGAUCAAUAGAUAUGAUAGGUAAGAUGCUGCAAUCUUAUAGUGGCCAAGUUAGUGAGUACCUAAAAACUAGAGGUUUUGAUGGUAGAAAAUGUAUAUUGUUUUUGAGGUUAAGGUGGUUAUCAGCAGUUCCAUUUUCUGUCUUAUAUUGGUAACACUUGUAUACCAUAUUCCCCCUCCUCAAAAUAACAAAAUCAAAAACACUUGCACAUGUCAGCAUGCUAAUUUCAUAAUAAUAAUAAUAAACAUGUAUUUUACAUACAA